ACUCAUGUUCAUUAAAUCAUGUUCUGUCGGAAGAGUAACAUAACCUAUAUUUAAGGUAAUCUAAUUGCACGAUUGUAUGUAGAGCUGCUCUAUUUCUCCGUCAAUUUGUUGCUAAUAAUUACUGCACGAGAAUAAAUUUUGUUAUAUUUCUUAGGGCAUUUCUGUCAUCUAAUACGUGUAAUAGAUUUUGUAUCAAUUUUGUAAUUUAUCUGCUAAAAAUUUUGUCUGCUCUCAGAAAAUGGUAUUACAAAAAGUGAUAUUCUGCAACUUUUUGAAAACUAUGGAAAAUAUUUAAAAGAAUUAAUGCCUAAGGCAGUUGACAGGAUGAAUUUUGAAAAGAAAUUCUAUACUUCUUACGAACAGAAUGAGGCUUCUAUCUUCAGUAGCUUAGAAUGUACGGAUUUAAAAAAAAGAAGAAUAGAUUCUACCCAAUCUGACUGUAGUGGUGAACCAUUUGUUUCACCACUUGUUUUGGACCUUCAGGUUGAUACUGACAAUGAGCAACAAACAACUGCAAUUCUCAAUGACAUUAAAAUAAGUUCGACGAUAUCUUUAAAUGAAGAAAUUAUUAGUCUAACUGAAAAAGAAACAAUCACUUUACCAGCUGUACCUUCAUUCUUAGAAAAUUCAGACUUAAAAGAUAAUUAUGUCUGGAAGAUAUUAAUUAAAUCAGUGGAAGGAAAAAGUGUCCUUGCGCAAUAUGAAAGAACAGGCUUAGAUAAUAGUGCUAGAUUGAAACUAGCUAACGUAGUAGUUGUUUCUGAAUUUGGUUGUGACACACAGAAAGUGUAUGUAUCCGUAAAAUUAUUAACCCUAUUGAAAUCAUUAAUGCUUUCUAGAUGUUUAAAGUGUUAA